GUCCUGGUCUCUCUCUGGGUCCAGGUCAGUCCAGAUCUCGGUCCAGAUCCUGGUCUACAUCGUGGUCCAGGUCCAGGUCCUGGUCCAGAUCCCAGUUGGUUCCACAGUUUACAGCUGAGAAAGUCCAGGGUGCAGAGAGGACGCAGCAACAGUGACCCCUACAGGCCCACGGAGGAAGAGCAACACCGCUGGAACCCGGGGUUUCAGUUUGGAGCGUCUCAUUCGUACUUGAGUUUGGAGAAACUGGGAGAAGGAUCCUACGCAGAAGUUUACAAAGGCAUCAGCAGGAUUAACGGUCAGCUGGUGGCGCUGAAGGUGAUCCGGACCUCGGUUCAGGAGGGGGUUCCGUUCACGGCGAUGAGAGAAGCUUCUCUCCUGAAGAAACUCAAACACAACAACGUGGUUCUGCUCCACGACAUCGUCCAGAACCACGACGGCCUCACCUUCGUCUUCGAAUACGUCCAAACGGAUCUGUCCCAGUACAUGGAACAACACCCCGGAGGAUUACAACAACACAACACCAGGUUGUUUAGUUUCCAGCUCCUUCGAGGUCUGAGUUACGUUCACAAACAGAAGAUCCUCCACCGGGACCUGAAGCCUCAGAACCUCCUGAUCAGCUUCAGAGGAGAACUCAAGCUCGCAGACUUCGGUCUGGCCCGGUCCAAGUCCGUCCCCUGUCAGACCUUCUCGUCUGAAGUGGUCACGCUGUGGUACAGACCUCCUGAAGUCCUCCUGGGCUCCACGGACUACACCAGCGCCCUGGACAUGUGGGGAGCAGGGUGUAUUCUGGUGGAGAUGCUGCAGGGGGCGCCGGCGUUUCCUGGACUUUCUGACGUCUCUGAACAACUCAGGAAGAUCUUCUCUGUUCUGGGCGUCCCAUCUGAGGAGACUUGGCCUGGAGUCUCUCUGCUCCCGAACUACAGCACAGAGGGUUUUGGGCGCUGUGACCCUCGACCUUUGCGGAGCGUCUGGAAAAGGUUGGGGAUGCUUCCGUCUAAAACCUCGGACCUGAUCCAGGAUCUGCUCAGACCGAACCCCAGAGUCCGGAUCUCGGCUCAGGACGGACUUCAGCACAAAUACUUCAGCUCCCUGCCCCCCGCAGUACACGCAGUACCUGACCAUGAGUCUAUUUUUAAAGUUCCUGGGGUGAGUCUGGAGGCUGAAGUCCGAGACCGGUUCUACCCCGGUCCCAGAGUCCGGACUUCACUGCUGGACCGGGCCAAGUUCUGGUGAAGGAAGUGACAUCACGAGGAAGCCCGGAAACAGGAAGAGAUGCAGCGGAUCAGGCAGGAGCGGAUCCUGAGGCGCAGACUACCGGAUCUGCGUCACCAGGAAGUGAGCGGGACGGCAACAGAGGGACAAACCUCUGAAACGGGACAAACCUCUGUCUUUAUUAUUUGAUUUUGAUUUGAUUUUAUUUGAGUGUUUUGUGGUUUGAGUUGGUCUGUUGUAAAUGCAGCUUCAGGUGGAUUUACAUUUGGAGAUUUGACUGAAUAAAAACAACACAUUGAUUAUUAAAGAGUCACCCUAAUGUCACAGAUAAUACUCCCUACAGCUGUACAAGAACUCGCCCUUGUGUCACAGAUAAUACUCCCUACAACUGUACGUCAGCUCACCUCCGUGGGCCUCUUGUCUGUGAUAUUUUGUAUUUAUAUGAUUAUAUUUCUGUUUUUGACUUGUACAUUUACUUUUCUAUGUUUCUGUUUCUGUUGUUUUUGUGUUUUCUCUUUGUUGUUAUAUUAUUUCUCUGUGAUGUGUGACUCCUGGGUCCGAGUCUUUUCUGUGGAUCAAUACAGUUUGAGUCAGAAAUAUUAAAAUUAUCACGAACAAAA